UGCACAUAUUGCACAUGCAUGUGGGGAGAGUGAGGUACUGUACAGUAUAUAUGGGGUGUGUGAGCAAGCCAAGCAUGACCUUUGAGGUACUCGCAUGCUUACUGCGCUCUCGCUCUCCAACCAAUUCAACCAUGUCCGAAAGUCGCCUGUUUCCGCAGUCUCUUUUUUGGGUGCAUGGGAGGACGUAUGAAGCACAUGGCACACGCUACCCGCCCCCCAACUACCCUCCUCAAGCUCCGUACCCAUCUUUCAGCAAAUGAGAAAUCCAAGGGGAGGCCCGCUCACACCGCUUGGCGCACAGUCCGGUCCAGGAAAUCUAGGUCCCAUCACCACCGACCUGUACGACCGCGCCACAAACAUCAGACUUGCGCAUGCAUCUACCACGUCGUGGACGGUGGGAAGGGGCCGGAGACGGGUUGUUGGGGCGUCCACGCGGAAGGAUAAGGAAGUGGCUCAACCACCGAACGCGAGGGAUGCGGAACCACGGUUGAGUUCUCACACGAAGGAGAAUGUCAUCUUAGGGAAAGAACCGCAGAGGGCCGUGCCUAGGAACUACUGCGAGGGGGACAAUGGAGGCUCAAAUUGUGCGCCCGUUUAUGAGCGGAAGCAGAAGACGGCAUACCAGUAUGAACCGCCCGCGGCUGCAAAGUACUUUUCCUGGGACAGUACCCCCAUCGGCCCAAAAACCCACGUCUGCCCCGAUCAUGUCCAACCAACCCAAGUACAACUGAUGCCCACAGCCUGUCGCGCAAUGCGAGACGCCCUGCAUCGGCGGGACCCACCCUCUCGAAACGUGAUGUUUCUGGGAUAUCUUAUUGGGCGAUUCGUGUCCAAGCGUGAGAGAUCUUCCGAGAAGCAGAGUAUUAGACGAAGCGGCAGUUUCCUCGUGCUGGACCGCUUUGAUCCGGGGCGGAGGAGCGGAACUGCCGCUGAGGGCAUGGAACCUACGUUUGUAACAUCGGGGGAUGUAGUUUUGAUAGUAGCUAGAACGAAUACUGCCCAUGACCUCACGAACGAUGUUGAGGCGUUCUGGAAGCGAAAGCUAAUGAAGUACCUCCGUGAGCCCCUCGUAUCGGAUCUGCAUCCCGGACCAGGCUUAUGUCCAAUGUGGACGGAAAUUGAGUUUGACACAGAGUACAAUUUUGCCAACAUCGAAUAUCGAUCCAUAGUACCAACAAUCACAUUGACUCUAACCCGCAUCCCUCCAUUACCGCUCGUAUCCUGCCCGUUGACAUCACAUCUCAUGUCGCACGGCGCUGCAAAGUCCGAUUUCGAGCUCGGGUUCAUCGCUAUCGACCGAGCCCGUCAGGUCCUGCCCAUAUCCCUGGACGAUCCAUUCGCCUUAUCCGCCCCGUUAGUCGGAAUAUGGAUAAGAGACGUAGACGACAUGCGAGACGCGAAACUCCACAACGCAUGCAUUCGAUUCAUCCUCGAUCAACACGGCUACACCAAGCUGGAUACCGGGCGGGACAAGAUGCUUGUUCUUGUCAUCAAUGGUGAUGGAGGGCGAGCGGCGAGGGUGGAGUAUUACGACUGCGAUUAUAUUAUUGAGCAGGGAGUCGGGGAUGGCGGGGGUGGUGAGGUGGAGGGAGGGGUGGAGUUGGGGUUUGCGCGGUUUCGUGGGCGGGUUGAGGAGGAGGGAGGGGUUGAGGAGGAGGGAGGGGUUGGGGAGGGGGGAGGGGUUGGGGAGGGGGCAGGGAUGUGGGAAAGGGUUGUGAAGAAGGGCGUGACGAUGGAAGUGGUGCCGGUGGUGGAUACGUCUUCGGAACCUCAAGAAAGAUCACCUUCAACGACAGGCUCUGGGGAAAAGAUGGGGGCCGUUGACAUUGCGGAACGACUUGAUACUGAGAUCCCGAAGUCAGUGCAUGACGAAGCGCACAGCAUGGACAUCUCUGGCCCCGCCCAUACACCCACGCCGGACCGAGACGCACCAAUCUCCACCCAAAAGCGAAACGACACCAACUCUUCGAAUCCCGAGCCAGAGCGUAAUCCGACAGACGACAAGGCCCGCUCGAGCCCAACAUCCCGUCUCCAACCCAGCCAGGCACCCACUCACGACCACAUACAAGCGACUUACCUAGACCUCCUCCAACACCAACUAAACGCCCUAAAAGCCCACCUCACCGCCUCCACUACCAACACCUCACCACAACUCAACCUCCCCUUCCCACUCCCCUGCUUCCCCCCAUCUUACCCACCGCCCGCCCACGCGACCACAACCCACCGCUCCGUCGCAACCAACACCACCCUCUUCACCCCAAAUGAGCCCUCCCCUCCCAGAGCGCCACUACCCCUACAGACACACAACACGCUAGAAACAACAGACCUCGAAUCCCUCAUGAAACGCGUGAACAGGACGGUGCUGGAACGGACGUACCAUCUGCCGGUGGACGAUGGGGCGAAUUACCGGCCGGUGUUCUCGGUUGUUGAGCGGGGUGGUGAGGGUGGUGAUGGUGAUGGGGAUGGGGUGGAGGAAGAUGAGAAGACGGUGCGAGAUGGGGCAGAUGUCUCGUUUGCGGUUGUCGAGGGGGAUGUUGGGGAAGACGGGAUUGAGAACGAUCCGGGGCCGGCUACUGUGAAACAGCCGCUGCCGGAGGGACGCACAGCCCAUUUACUUCAGACGGUCGUCGACGCGCUCGACACGCCACUGGAGGACUCAGACGGGUCGAUGGCUGAUGCUUCACUACACCGCGCGUCUCCUCCAGAACUAUCGCAGGACAUCGGGCGGGGGUGUAAGAUUGCGGAUGGAGAUGCCGAGACUGCGGAUAUCAUCGCUAAGCUGGCUUUGAAUCCUGAGCAGAGCUUUAUUGUUAUUCCGGAGGGAGAUAGGCAGGGGGAGGAUGGGGAGGGGUGGAGCGAUGGGAGGGUUUUCCGGUCGGCGGGAAAUGGAGGGGACCUGAUGGAGGGUGGGGCAUAUGACGGGGAUGCGGAUGUGGGCAAACGGAAUGGUGAACACAUGGACAAAACGGUCUCGGAUACGACGUACAACGCCACUGGAUGGAGUUUUGCUACGUUGCAGUAUAUGAAUAAGUAUGGGUUGCUGGAUUCUUCUAUCACGUAAACAUAGACACGGGGGUAUAUAGGAGAAUAUCGUGCAUGCGGCGUAUUUGGCAUUUGCCGAAGCUGCGAGUGAUGUUCAUAGAACUCGGAUUUUUGAUCAAAUGUGUAUGAUACAGAAAGCGCCUUCAUUGAAAGACGCUG